AUGGCGCAGGACAACCACAUCACGCUGCCACCGAUCUCGUCGUUCGACAAUCUGAUCCGGGCAGCGACGGAGCAGGACUUCCACGGCGGCGCAGCGCCGGCCGCGCACGGGCGCGGGGCGAGCGGCGGCGGCAGCGCGAGCGAGUCGCUGCUGUCCUACCAGUUAUCGAACGUGAGCCGGACGGGGUCGAUGUCGGGGUCGCUGUCGCCGGACCACAACAACUACUUCAUGCCGUUCCGGCAUGCGUCGCUGGAUGGCGGGCGGCUGGGGGGGAGCCAGCCGUCGUCGGUGGACGGGUCGCCGUCGCUGAAGGCGCAGCUGGGUCUGCCGCACGGGACCGGGGCGAAGGUGUACAAGACGAACAAGCCGCGCAAGAAGAAGGAGUGCCCGGUGUGCCACAACUUCUAUGCGAACCUGUCCACGCAUAAGUCGACGCACCUGGACCCGGAGGCGCGGCCGCACAAGUGCGACAUAUGCUCGCGGGGCUUCGCGCGGUCGAACGACCUGCAGCGGCACAAGAAGCGGCACUGGAAGGACGAGUUCUCGCCGAGCCAGGAGCUGGCCAAGGCGGACGGGGACGAGCAGCAGCAGCAAGGCGCGGGCAGCAAGCUGGAGAGCAGCAUCCCCACCGAGCAACUAAAAAGUUUACAUAUGAUACAGGGUACGUACAAGUGCCCGUUCAACUCGACGCUGAUCAAGCUGGACAUGGAGAUCUACCCCACGAAGGGGCGGCGGCUGGCGUUCGAGACCUCCAACUGUCAUAUCACCGGCGUUUUCUCGCGCUGCGACACGUACAAGAACCAUCUUAAGGCGCUGCACUUCGAGUACCCGCCGGGCACGAAGAAGCGCGAGCGCGCCAAGAUCCACGGCCGCUGCAAGCACUGUGGCAUGAAGUUCGACAACGUGGACAUGUGGCUGAACGAGCAUGUCGGCAAGGUGUGCGGGUACUUCUACCACUGA